AUGGAUACCAUCUUGGUCUUCAGCCUAAUCAUUACAUCCUAUGAUGCCAACAAGAAAGAACUCAGAGAUAGCCAUUGUCAAGUGGAACAGCUCCCUGGGCUCUUCUCAACGGGUAUGAGAAGCACCAGGGAUGUGCUAAUGUCAGAAGCUCAAGCAGAAGACAACAGGUCCACCUUCGUCCAAAUUCUGACUGUGGCUACCCUGCAGUGCCUUGCCUCUGGGAGCAAAGUAAAAGUCAGCCUUGAAUAUUCAGAGAAAAGGCCAAAGGUCAAGCAUACUCUAAAGAACCUGCGAGUUAUUGCUGCUCCCCAUAGAAACAGCACUGCUUUCCCAAGCUGUCACCUAACCCCCACAUCCAACUUUCAGAACGGAUCUCUUCUAACAGGCAAAGCUUUUUUACCAGGGAUCUUCCAAUGUAAGGUCUACCCAGCAAUGAGGACUUCAUUAGAGGCUUUUCCCACCACUACCACCUCCAUAACUCCAGGGAAUAAAGAAGGAGAGAAAACUACAAGUAUUGAUGAUUUUUCUACCCCUUUGAAACAAGACACAGAUGAAAAUCUAGAGAAGAGGCAAAAAUGGAGCAUUGUGGUCAAAUUUCUGAUUGCUGGCACUCUGUUGUUCAGUGGAAUCGCUAUUACAGUGUUUGUCAUUUUUGAAGUUCCAUGUCCUUGUCAAUGCCUAAGAACCAGAGAACUAUGCCAAUGCCGGCGAUUGUGGGGAAGGCAAAGGAAGGAAGGCCAACAACCUGAGGCAGCUGAAUCCCAGCCUCACUCUCAGCCAGAGAAGGAAAGUGUUGGACAAAAUGCUCCCAACUCAAACUCAAUGAAAGCUGCCGGAAUCACUGUUAUCCACCAGACAUACUUCUGAGAAGUUCUGCUCUGUCUCACACACUGCAUGAUGGAUACUAUACUGUCUUCUCACUAUUAUUAAUCAAGAUGGGCAGAUUCUUGCCAUUUCUGCACUCGUAUCUUCAGCAGGAACAUUGCAAUCAAUCAGUAAUGCCAGGCCAAUGAAGGGGGAGCCUAGGCUUAUCAAUCAAUUAUCCUCAUGCCACUGGUACUGACUGAGUCACAAGCCUCUGAGAUUCACUUUGUACUUCCAUAAAAGUGGAUAUCUUCUCAUCCCAUCAAGUGAAAACAGAAAGUCUUCCCUAAAAGGUUUAAACACAGCCUCCAAGGAAUGGCGAAGAGCAGCCACAAGUGUGGCACAGUUCACCAACUCCUCUGUUAUCUUCACGGGUGACUUCAUGCUCACUGACUCUCAACUGGCUUAGGGUGGUGGUUCUGUUUUCCCAAGGUUUUAUGAUUGAGCCUCUGCCACCACAAGUAGCUAUGAACACACUGAUGAUGAAGGGAAUGUGAAUUUAAGCAUUCCAAGGUGUUAGAGACUGCAUAUCAUAGGACCCAUAUGAGGUCUCCUGAUAAUGCAGAGUUCCUAAAGUGGCCCUGAUAUUGUACCCUACCAUAGAGUGAGCAGUGUACAUUCUGAAUAAGGUCACGGGGGCAAUGAUUAUCAUAAUCAUUCUCAAGGAGGUACAGCUAUAAGUCAAGUCUGACCUGCUUAAGUAAGAGUUUGGUAAGAAAGUGGAAAGAGAUUAUGCCAAAGCAGGAUUUAGGUAAAAAGGGAAUGUUGGGGGCAGAUAAAACUGUUACCCUGCCUUUUUUCAUAAAAGGCUGAAACCAUUCUAUUUUGUUGUGGUGAAAUGUGCCUGUUUCUAAAUAAUUCUGUUUUCUUAGUUCUCUGAUAAAAACCAUAUACUAAUUGUAGUUUUCUUUUACUUCAAAUAUUGUCCAAAAAAUAAUGAUUCUCAAAACUGUACCAACAGAGGAAUAUAUCUUGCCAUAAACCCUGAAUUAAUAUUCAAGCAAGUCUGGAAAAGAUGGAACAGAAAUAAAGCAUGAUUGAUGGUAGUUUUCAAGGAAGCCCUAGAGACCCUUUAGGCAUCCUAAAGUCCAUGGAGCCUUGAAAAUACAGCAGGUGAAGACAACAGAGCACUGGGGCUUGCACUUGAAUAAAUGAGUAUAUGAUUUGCACACUUCCACUGAUUCACAUCACCUCCAGUUUAUCCUGCAACCUGUGGUUCAGUCUGACCAUGAAAUAGGAAAAACAAAACAAACAAAAAACAAAAACUUGUUCCUUCCCAAGACCAUGAGGGAGGAUGAUAAGAAGCAUUCUAUACUUAGAAGCUCUUGGUCUAGAAUUGAUGCCUACAUUCAUCCCCACCCUCCCAGCCUCAUCCA